AUGUUUGCCAUCGUCACGCUUGGCAAAGGCCGGCCCUUCGACAGGAUCCACGUAAAGACAUUGAAAAGAUUCAAAGAUAAUGGCUACCACCAAAUCUCCCAAAGUCCUCAGCAAAAAGCCGGUGGCUACAGUGGCCGCCUCCGCCUUUUCAUCCACCACUGCCUCGACUCCCAUCCUGCCAAUUGCCCCAGCCAACUAGAUCUUUUCGAUGAGAUUCUACGUGAUCUAUGUCAAGCAGAACGCUGUGCCCUGUGCACACAAAGAGAAGCCCAUAUUGCCAAUGGCGAUGAUGUUCGGGAUGCCACCUCGCCUCCUCUCCUGCCCAAAAAACCUACACUACAAAGACCAUGA